ACUUUGGGCUUACAGAUUCGAGUGCCGCUGCGACAGAUUCUGCGGCCACGCGAUCUGACAGUGGUCAUCAAUAAGAAACACCUCAAGGUCGGCAUCAAAGGUCAACCUCUUAUAAUCGACGGCGAGCUAGAUGCCGACGUCAAGAUUGAGGAGUCCACGUGGGUGUUGCAGGAUGGACGCAAUCUACUUAUCAACUUAGAAAAGGUGAACAAAAUGAACUGGUGGGGUCGGCUUGUUACAACGGACCCAGAAAUAUCUACAAGGAAAAUUAAUCCAGAACCAUCGAAGCUGUCGGAUCUUGAUGGUGAAACACGUGGUCUAGUUGAAAAGAUGAUGUACGAUCAGAGACAGAAAGAAAUGGGACUACCUACAAGUGAUGAACAAAAGAAACAAGAAGUACUCAAGAAAUUCAUGGAACAACAUCCAGAGAUGGACUUCUCCAAAUGCAAAUUCAACUAAAGUCUUAAUAAAUAUAAUUAAUUUGAAGUAUCCUUAACCACCCGUUACAUUAUAUAUCCAUUGCUGUAGCUGUUUCAACAUAUUCUUUGCGAGUGGAAAUAGUGAUGUACUUUACGUAAAAAGCUAUAAUUACGAAAAAUAACACUUGAAAUACAAAACCAGCUAUAAAUGUAUUACUGCUGUAAUAUUAAACAUUUGUGUUUAAAUAAAUUUUACGUUUAAGCAA